CCACUCUGUGUUGCCUACGUAGAAGGGGAGCCGUGAGCACCCGCGACAUCUUGUGUUCCUGCCGGGCCUGAGCCUCGCUACGAAGUCCCUGCAAACCAGGACGUGUUAUAGAUGACAGAUUAAGUUCCUUUGCUGCUAUACCUUCAGGUAAUUAUGGCAAUACCCUGGAAGAAAGCCCUUCUGAUACUUCUAACAUCCCAAGCAUUGUCCUUAGUGAAUAGCAUUGAGGAGGAAGAAGUACCUGAAGAAUGGAUUCUCCUGCAUGUGGUUCAGGGGCAGAUUGGAGCUGGAAAUUAUAGUUAUUUGAGACUAAAUCAUGAAGGGAAAAUAGUUCUUCAAAUGAAAAGCUUAAAAGGUGAUGCAGAUUUGUAUGUAUCUGAUACCACGCUUCACCCAAGUUUUGAUGAGUAUGAAUUACAGUCUGUAACUUGUGGCCAGGAUGUUGUUUUUGUGCCGGGACACUUCCAGCGCCCUGUGGGAAUAGGUAUCUAUGGACAUCCAUCUCACCUUGAGAGUGAAUUUGAAAUGAAAGUGUAUUAUGAUAGAACGGUUGUAGAAUAUCCGUUUGGUGAAGCAACUUAUGCCACAGAUGGUAAAGCUACAAGCCAAAAGCAGCCUUAUACACCAGAAGAUACAUCUCAAGAUGAAGAAUCUAUUGUUUGGACAAUAAUAAUUGGCAUUUUGAAACUAAUACUUGAGAUUCUUUUUUAAUAUCAUUGGACAGACAUGCACUGGAAUUCAGUACCUGUAACCUGUGAAGUAGAUUGUGAUUUGCUGUGAACACUGCUACUUUUUAGUAAGUUUCAGGAAAUAGGGUUCAGGGUAUCUUUUCUAUGGUGGGUGGAUGGGUGGGUGGUGGAAAAAAAGCCAUAUUUAGUUUUUUAAUCAUAAUUCCCCCAAAAAAUAAGAGUAGCAAGCACAAGAUUUGUAAUUUUCUUUAAAGAAAGAAGAGUUCAUAUAAGUGGAGAAUGUACAAUAAAAAAAUGCUUAAACUUCAUUUAAGUUUGUCAGGUGACUUAUUAAGUAGUCUUAUGUAAAAGUAGUCAUAAGUAGUCUUAUGUAAAACUUAAUUUGAUUGGGAACAUAGAUUUUAUAUAAAAUUUGCAUAAAUUUUGUUAAAAUUUAACUUUCUAAAAUUUUUACACUACUUAAAAUUACAGACUAUUAUAAUGUGUAAACUGAGAUGAUCAGUUUUUAAAUGAAGUAAUCAUGUAUGCCUGUGAAAUAAAUCUCAUUUUACUGCCACAUUGGCUAAGAAAUAAUAAUCCAUAUUUUGCUGCAGUUUUCCAGGCAAUUUACAAAAAGAAGCAGUACCAACAUUAAGUUGGUGGAAUCUAGAAAUACCUCUGAUCCUAGCAUACUCUUCCAGACUCUCAGGAACCAUAGAAUUAGGUAUUAGCUCAGUUGUAGUCAGAGUUGUCACCUGGAAUUACUAUACAGUAACUGAAAAAGUGCUGAGGCUUCAUGGAAUCAAUUUUAAAACUGGGCAAGGCCUGAGAAAGUUUCCUAGCUUAGAGUACCUAAAGGAUUUCUAGUUAUUAAGGUCAAUAUAUACCCCUUAUACCAACUGUGAUAAUUAAAAAUAAUUUCAUUUUCUAUAUCCUUUAAAAAUUGAUCACUGAGAUUUAUCAAUUUAUCCUAAAACUUGUAAUUUCCCUAAAUUUAGGCUACUUUAGAUAUUUGCCUGUGGUACAGGACUACUGUUUGAAUUUAGUUAUAAUGGUAAGUUACCUUAAAACAAUUUCUAACAUAAAAGUUUUUAUGUAACAGAAUUCAGUACAACAAAUUAUGUAAACAGAUUGAAUUACUUAUGCCAACUUUAGUGCUAUAUUGUUGCAUGGAUCCAAAGGAAGUUUUAAACAUUUUCAAAAAUUUAUUAUAAAGCUCAGUAAAUAAAAAUCAUGGAAUAAGGCUUUUGAUUGAAUUUA